AUGAUCGACCCGCAUUAUGGACAAAGGUUGACAUUUGUGAGUGCAGUGUGUCUCUACUUGACUACCAUAAUGUUGUGGAAUGACGAUGCAGCGUACUCUAUGACCCUCGUCAAACACUUAACUGUACCCAUAGGUAGUUGGCCCUUGCAAGAAUACAAUAAGUUCGCUUUGUUGCGUCAUACCUUGUCUAGUUUUGGGUUGAGCGUGGUGGUGAUCGUACAGUUUCUCGAACUCUAUUACAACUGUACCAGCGCACAAGCAAAUCUUGAUGCACUCACACUUUUCGCAUGUGGUAUUCUCGCUCUAACAAAGAUAACAUGGUUUCGUAUAUACGCUGAUAAUCUGAUUUGCAACUACUCUUCUGCCAUGAAUGAUUAUCUUAAGAUCGACACUGAGGAGAAGCGCAUCAUCAUGCGAGAGCACGCCUUUUGGGGAAGGAUAAUCUGUAUUAUCGCCUUGUUGAUCUCUUACGGUGAUUCUGUGAUCUUCAUCGUGGGACACGCACAACUAAGUAGCGAGGAGGCUAAAGCUAAUAUAUCUAUCCUAGGCUACCAAGCGGGAUAUGCUAUUCCGUCGACAUGUACCUUGGCGCACUUUCACAUUUCGACGGGCUUAUAUUUGGUGAUUUUCAUGCUGGAAUUUAUCUAUCUGGUAAUCAUGUGCAUCAGCAAUCACGGUAGUGAUUCUGUAUUUCUUCAUAUUACAUUACACGUGUGCGGCCAACUGAAAAUUCUAAAGGCAAAUUUUAUGAACUUUGACAAUACAAGUCCGAAAGUUUAUGAACGUUUUAACGAGCUGAUUUUGAGACACGAUCAUUUGAUAAGAAUGGCCAGAAAGCUCGCUGAGAUAAUUAGUUUUGUGUUGAUGGUGCAACUCUUUAUCAGCAGUAUGCUUAUCAUUAUAGUAGGAUUCCAGUUUAUCAUUGCCCUAACAACCAGCGAUUUUGGCAUGAUGUCAAAAAGUUUCUUGGUACUAAGCGCUUUUCUGGUUCAGUUAACGCUAUAUAGUGUCGUCGGAGAUUAUUUAAAGACGCAGAUGGAAGAAGUCGCCUUGUCUGUCUAUCAAAGUGUUUGGUAUGAUUUUCCUGCAAAAGUAACAAGAAAUAUAAUAUUUAUCAUGAUGUGGACCCAGCUUCCGAUUAAACUGCAAGCUGGGAACUUUGUUGUGGUGGACUUGGGAACUUAUAUGAGCAUCUUAAAAACCUCUCUAUCAUAUUUAUCCGUUUUACGAGUAAUGGUGGAAACGUAAAACAUCAGAAGUAUCUACAGUAGAGUCCCGAUUAUCCGAGUCUCGGUCAUUCGAAUUCCGGUUUAUCCAAAGUGAUUUUUUAUUUAACUUCUUUCCAUUGUCGAAAAUAAAAGUUAAAAUACCCAAAAUUUUCUUAUUAUCAAUCCUAAGAAAAAUAUAUACGUUUUAAUAAUAUCUUUACACAAAGAAGAUCAUGAAAAUGGACUUAUUGUAUUUUUAAAUUAGAGCUGAAAGUUAGUUGCACAUUUCCGGUUGAUUUUGUUGUCUUGGCCCACUGUUCCCCUUUUGCCGCGCGUAACAAAUACAUUGUUUUUACCACGAGUAAUAUUUUGUACGUCUUUUAAUUUUUUCUUUUCGGUUUACCGCGUUUUUGAUUAUCCAAGACGGUCUACGUUAAGUCGGAUAGUCGGAAAUCUACUGUAAUAUACAGUUUUAAUAUACUUAGGAAACUUAUAAUGUUGCUCCUGCAUGAGAAAAGUGAUACGAAUAAGAGUUAGCCAUUUUACAAGAUAAUGU